UCCAACUUUCAUGCUGUCUGAAUUCUUGCUAACUAAAAAGACGGGUAGUUCCUUUUAAAUAUCAAGUGAUGGCGACCAACGACGCCUUUAAAGUUACCUCUCUGAAAGGAAAAGUAACACUCAUCACUGGAGCCAGCUCGGGUAUUGGUGCUGCUGCAAGUGUUAUGUUUGCCAAACUAGGGGCUAAACUGGCCUUGAAUGGACGUAAUGUUGAAAAUCUUAAGAAAAUAGCAGAACAGUGCACAGAUCUUGGUGCAGCUGAGCCUCUGUUGGUGCCAGGAGACCUGUCUGAUGAGGACACCGUGAAGAGAACUGUGGAACAAACUCUUUCUCACUUUGGGAGGCUUGAUGUCCUCAUAAACAGUGCUGGAAUCCUGGCAAUGGGCACAAUUGAGUCAACAGACCUUGCACAGUAUGAUAAAAUCAUGAAUGUUAAUGUGAGGUCAGUGUACUAUCUGACUCACCUUUGUGUUCCUCAUCUUAUCAAUACAAAGGGUUCCAUUGUGAACGUAUCCAGUGUUAAUGGCCAAAGAUCCUUUCCUGGAGUCCUAGCCUACUGUAUGUCAAAGUCGGCUAUUGACCAGUUCACACGCUGCACAGCACUUGAACUGGCAUCGAAGCAAGUGAGGGUAAACUCAGUCUGUCCUGGUGUGAUCAUAACAGAAGUGCACCGACGGGCAGGGCUGGAUGAGGAACAGUAUGCUAAGUUCCUGGAGAAGUGUAAGGAGACUCACGCCCUGGGCAGACCGGGAGAUGUGGAGGAAGUGGCUCACGCCAUCGCCUUCCUGGCAUCAGAUGCUGCUUCCUUCAUUACUGGUGUCAAUUUGCCUGUGGAUGGAGGCCGCCAUGCCAUGUGUCCACGCUAAC